UUUUCUUGCGAGUAUUGUUCAAACAUUGGUGACUGCUGACCAGUAUUUAGCUGCUUCCAUAAGCCAUUGAACUUUUGCGCAAUUGGUAUUCAAUUUGACUGGUGAGACUAUAUCUUCCUAAGUCCUCUCUUUUUUUUUUUGCUCAAUUUCACAUUUUUGGUAUGUGUCCUGCUUAUAGGUUAUAGAGGAAUCGUGUCUUGCUAUUUCUUGUAACAAUUAUUUAAACCUGUGUUGAUAUACAGUUCUUUUGGUUGCAGCUGCAAAUUCAGGGGCAUUAUAAGCUCACACCAUUCACUUUGUGGUGACAUCCUGGGGACCAAGUGUUAUCGUACCAACCGCAACACAUGGAUGAAAAGUUGAUAAGGGAAUGGUCAUUGGAAUGAUCUUAUCUCCAUUAGGGUGGAGAGCAAAUGGUCUUGCCAUGAUUGCUACUGUAAUGGUGAGGGAACUUGGUUUCUGAAGACAUGGUGAGAACAUGUCUGGGGCAGUGGCAGACCAUUCUGGAGGAUGCUGGUGGCUGUUCAUGGCUUUCUUGGUGAAUCUCGCAGUAUCUAGCUAUAUCGUAACUGCUGCAAAUUCAGGGGCAAUGCUUACCCCAUACACUGUGCAGUAUCAUCCUUUGGACUUAUUAUCUUACCAAUUGCUACACAUGGAUGAAAAAAAAAUGCAGGAAUGAUCUGUCAUCUUCAUAGGAUUAUGAUGAAGCUUGAUUUCUGUAGGCAUUACGAGAACAUGUAUGCAGCAUUAGAAGCAUUUGCAGAUGCUUCUGGAGGAUGGUAGAGGCAUUAUGCUCAAAGGUUUGCCCUCCCAUGUAAACAGCUUGUCAGUCAGCUAAUGCCACCCAGUGUGCUUACCUAACUAUCUAAAAGAUCUGCACAUGCAACAGCCAGAUGAACUGAGGUUAGACAGAGGUCUGUUCCCCUGGGGACCGGACUGGAUGGCUGGGCUGUUCUCCAAGCAGGCUGCUGUGUAUGCUGCAGCGCGGCCAGCCUACCCGAAUGAUCUUUUUACCAAGCUUGCGGCACUCACAGCUCACCACUGCCUUGCCUGGGAUGUCGGCACCGGCAAUGGCCAAGCAGCCAUCGGUGUCGCCGAGCACUACGACAGUGUGCUGGCCACGGAUGUGAGCGAGGACCAGCUCCUACAUGCUGCACCACACCCGAAGGUCUGGUACCUCCACACCCCAGAUGCCACACCAGGGGAGGACCUCGUCGCGACGCUCGGUGGUGAGGGCAGUGUUGACCUCAUCACGGUGGCUGAGGCUGCGCACUGGUUCGACCUCCCGGCGUUCUAUGACGUCGCCCACCGAGUCCUGCGGAGGCCCGGCGGGGUGAUCGCCGUCUGGGGCUACAACUACCGCAUCAGCCCCGUGGAGGACAUGAUGACGCGCUUCUUCAACACCACCCUUCCUUACUGGGACCCCCGAGCUCGGUGUUGCACUGAUGGAUACCGGGACCUGCCGUUCCCCUUCGUCGACAUCGGCCUCGGUAGGGAAGGUGAGCCGGCAAGCCUCGACAUGGAGCAGGAGAUGUCGUUCGAGGGCCUGAUAGGCAUGCUGAGUUCGUGGUCGGCGGUGACGACGGCGAAGCAGCAGGGCGUGGACCUGUUGGGGGAGCGCGUGGUGAAGCAGCUGGAGGAAGAGUGGGGAGGGGCGUCGCUGGUGCGCAAGGUGACCUUCAAGGCCUUCCUGCUGGCAGUUUAUGAUCCAUUCUCCUUGAGUCCUUGUUGAAGCUCUACUUCUUUAAUGACAAUUUCGGUGCUCCAUUCCACAUACUCAGAUGAAAAAGAAAACCCCCUCAACUGAAUACUAGAAAGG